ACCGCGUUCACUUGUCAAAAUGCUGCUUAAAAUAGAAACUCAAAAAUAGCUAUAUAUUUGUUACAUCACGAUGAGCAAAAACGCAACGAAUAAGAAAAUGGGUUUGAAGUCGUCAAAUAUUGCUGCACUUGUGUUACCACUGCUUUUUAUACUUUUCACUUUGUCCUCUCAAGUUGGAGUUGUUGAAUCUACAGGCCGUAAACUUACCUUCUAUGGACCACCUAAGCGCGUUGUGUGGACACCACCCUCAAACUCAUGUGGAACAUCUCCAGCAGCAAUAUUGUCUUCGAAGUACUGGACGAGAGGACAACCAUGCAGACGUCCUCGUCCUCCAGGGACUAAUAUCCCUGUUUCUCAAUCUCCUUAAUUAGCACUCAACUAGUACUUCAUUUUUGUGCUUGUGUGUCGCAAAUAUGAAGUUGCAUGCAAUAAAGUUUUCUAAUUUUAUUUCUUGUCUGAAUUUUGUAGAAUAAUAGUGAUGUUUAGACGAAUGUUUGUCACCUACUAUGAAUCAAUGAACGAACUAAUACUUAUGGAAA